AUGGCUCUACCAGCAAUGCGCCCGCUGGGCUGCUUACGGUCUCUGAUGAGGGCCUAUGAGCCUCUCCCUAUGAUCAACCGUCGGUUCAUCUCGACGGCCUAUUCCAAGAGGCCCGAAAAGCUGCCUCUUCCCGAGGACAUGCCUCCCCAAUUCCUCUCCCAGAUCCCUCUUCGCUUCCGUCCUGACCCUGACCGCCAGCCCCUCAAAAUCUAUCCUGCUCCUCCUUCCGCCCGCAAAGCAUGCAAAGAUCCCAUCGGAGCGGUCACCGAAUCCCAAUUAGCAGUCCUCGAUCCCAAGGGCGAGCGCAAAGCCAUGUUCGACUACCGACGCAACCCGCGCAGUGUCAAGCCCGGCGACAUCGUCCGAGUGACCUUCAAGAACGGCGAUCCAUUCAACGGAGUUGUGCUGAGCAUCAAGCUGCGCGGAAUUGAAACCUCCUUCCUUCUGCGAAACGAGCUCACCCGUGUCGCCGUCGAAAUGUCCGUUAAGGUCUUCAGCCCCAACGUCAACAGCGUGGAGAUCGUCCAGCGCUCCGAGAAGAAGCGCAGAAGGGCGAGAUUGUACUUCAUGAGAGACCGCAAGCACGAUCGCCGCAGCGUGGAGAACAUUGUGGCCAACUAUGUUCGCCAGAAGAAGGCCUUCUUGGGCGGUGGCAACCGACGACGUUGA